AUUUAGCAAAUACACGUACACUUCCGGUUAAAUUGAUUUGCAGUUUCAGUAAAUGUUACUCAUUUUAAUACAGCUUUUACGGUGGCAGCUAAGAGAACUGACGUGUAUGUGAUUAUACUAGAAGUUUAACAGGAAAAGAAAGAUUUAUUUCAGAUAUAUGCUUGCACCCCUCCUUAGACAACCAACAUGUUUCGAGGAGGUCGACACAGGGGGCAGAACUUUGGCGUCUUGCUCCUUGGAAUGCAGUUAAUGAAUUAUGGCUUUGAUAAAAUACCCCCGGUUACUUUGGUGUCUAUUGUAGGUCAGACCCUCAUAUUCCUCGGCAUUGGAGACCUCGAUCGGAUGUUCGGCUCAGUGAGGGACGUGUGUAUCAGCACCCAACUCGUGGUGUUCCAGAGGCAGUGGAAGCGCCUUGUGCUAGGAGCGCUUGUUCACGCGGAUGACAUGCACCUCUAUUUUAACAUGGCAUCGCUCCUGUGGAAAGGCUCGACUCUAGAGAGACGUUUUAAGAGUCCGUAUUUCGCGUAUUUGCUCCUGGUGUUCACGGUGUUGACCAGCGCGGUUUUGUGUGGACUGAACUACCUGAUGGCAUUGGUGAAUGAGGACCCGUCGUAUAAUCUGACAUGCGCUGUAGGCUUUUCUGGCGUCCUGUUUGCGCUGAAGGUGUUGACCACCCAUUACUCUCCGCCGGGCAUGCAGUACGCCCUCGGCUUCAUCCCGGUGCCUUCUAAGUACAUCUACUGGGCCGAGCUGGGACUCAUACAGCUCGUGUACCCUAAUGCCUCCUUCACAGGCCACCUGGCAGGUAUUGUGGUAGGAAUGCUUUACAUCCAUGGGCCGUUGAAAUUCAUAAUGGACAGCGUCAUGUCGCCAGAGGCAUCGUAUACGUAUUUUGCUGGGACCGCCAACAUAAACAGGGGAUACUCAGGUAAUGUUGGGACAACAAGAGAGAACUCAUACGGCGCACAUGAACCACGUGCAAAUCAUAGACGUACUGAAUACAGAAAUGACGAGCCGCCACACUAUGGAGGUCAAGGUCAAAGUAGUUAUGAUGAGUAUACAGGGGGUUUAAGUGAAGAGGAACAGCUUAGAAGAGCCACUGAAGAAAGCCGGGGCCAGUAUUACAGAGAGCCUACCGCACCGCCCAGUGAAAGGAUGUAUCCGGAUUUAGAUGAAUUAAGGAGAAGGCGAGCGGACCGUUACACAUAGAAACGAUUGACACAUGAACCGCAUCUGACGCCGUUAUGUACAUUUUUGGCACUGGGAAAACGGUGCUUAAUGCACAUGCAUAAAGUCGUUACUGAUAAGCCUGUGUGGACUGCUUUCUGCGUUUUUAUGGAAUGCUUCGUUUCGUUUUAAGGCAGACUCUUUGAAAACAAAAUAAAGUUCAGAUGAAAAGUGUCGUCUUUGAUUAGCCUGUGUGGACUGCACAAGGUAAUCCAGGACGGCACUUCAAGCACAUUCAUAACGCACCGUGUUCUCCAAUCUAGACUCAUAUGGAUUGUAAGUAUUCACCCGCAAAUUUAAUUUAAGGAGCGAGGUAUAUAUGAAGUCACUCUGCUGGUCAGUCAGUUGGUCCGUCCAUCAGCGUUAAAUGUAAAAAGUUUGUGAAGCAAAUAACUUUUAAGUUAUUUUCAAGCGUUUAAAUUGAAACGUUCAAUAGUUCAUCACUAUGUGUGGACGUGCCAGAUACAGUAUUCAUCCAAAAUCCACAAUACGCAUUCCAUAAGUUAUUUGCCCUUGAACAGAGCUAAAAAGGCAGUGUCAGGGUACUGUUUACAGUUGUGUUAAAGUUCUAGUUAUUAUUACAAUUAUGACUUUGAGUUGUUUUUUUCUACUAUGCCAUAAAUGUGAAAAUUUGAUAUAUAAUUAAGAUAUACUUUUAACUAGACAAAAUUAUGCGCAUACUUUGUCUAGUUUAUUUAAGUUGAAUGAAUCUUUGAAACCCCGGUCCGGCUACCAACUUGUGAGGGGACUGGUCACGAAAUCCUUGACUAGGGCAGUUGUCAAUUAACUCAUACCCACUUAGUAGCAAAGUGAAAAUGGCUAUUUGCAAACAGCAUAAAACGCAAAUAGCCUGCAAGUCACUCGCAGUCUUCUCAGGUUUUACGCUGUCUGCUUCCCAUCAGUAACUACGGGUAGGAAAUCAAGUCUUUAUAACUUCAAUUUAGUAAGAAAGGUAUUUAAAUAAAUGUAAUUUUGACGCACUCGUAGUCCCUUAAAAAGUUAAAUUUAAUUGCAGCCUUGUCUUCCAAGAUUCAAGGUUUGAACAGACUGCAUUCCAGCUGUUCUGGUUUUAUGCUGUUUGCACAUAGCCAUAUUCCCUUUGCUUCUGAGCGGAAAAGAGUAAAAUGGCCUCCGUGAUACGACUGAAGUAUAUGUAUGCUGGCAAGACUUCCACCGGGCGCAUCUGUGUAAAUUGAACGCAGCAUCAUGCUAAUAGUAUAGUGUUUCAGUGAAUGAUAUUGCGAUCUGGAAUAAUUUGAGUUGUUAGUUAGACUUCGUUUGCAAAAUGCAACGAUGGUAUCUAUUCACCACAACCGAUCUAUAACAAUAUUUAAUGUUUUUCUCACAAAUACAAUAUUUUAAUUUAUGCCCCUUUAAAAUGCACCCAAAGUAUUAUCGUUGGACUUGGGCUUUGAUUUAUACAUUUAUAAUUUGUCUAAUCCAGUAUACUGAUGCAUUUUAACGAAGCUGCUAUAGAACAAUUUAACCCUUUACCACUUAGAAACAUGUUUUGACGCAUUUGUAGUCCCUUAGAAAGUUAAAUUUAGGUCAAGACCUUCCUUUCUAAAUAAAACUUUUAAAGGCGCUAUUUCUAACCCUUAGAUAGAGAUGAGUUGCAAUCAGCAUACAACCUGAACAGAUUGCGAGUUACUCACAGGCUUUUCUGGUUUUAUGCUGUUUGCAUGUAGCCAUUAUCAUUUUGCUUCUGAGUGGGAAAGAGGUAAUUGUGUUUGAUUUCAUUAAUGAAAUUACGUGUGUUGUGUAUUCGGUGUUACUUCUGUGAUCGAAAUUAUCGAUAAGAAUAAAUACCAGUUGAAGUAUUGUCCAUCAUAUACUAGUAGGUUUGCAUUAAAAGGUGGCUGUAAUGGCUUGUUGUUACACUUGUUUAAUUUACCCUAUUGAAUUGCGUCUUCUUUAGCCAUUUGGGGUCCAUUUGUUUUUGAUUUGUGAUUUACCAUGGUUCUGUUUAUGUAAUGAAGCAACACUUAAAAUUAAUUAAUGUUAACUUAUAUUGAGCGAAUUUAAACCGUGUGGACUGAUUUGAAUAUAACUAUUAUAUUGAACAAACUUUACAAUUGUGUACAUUGAAAUCAUUUUCCAGCACAAUAUUUUAUUGAGUUCAAAACCGAUAAUUCAUUAAUUCUAAUAUUGUAUAUAUCUCUUAAAUGCAAUGUUCUGAAUUACGACACUAUCGUUUAUCUUUACAUGUUUGACAACUUACAUAUUAUUUUAUCCUAUGUGUUUGAAUAUAAAAUGUUAAUAAAUAUGGUGUUUAAAAGUAUGUAUGUUUUUCCCCUACCGGUUUCAACGGAGGGGACUUAUGGUUUGCGCUCUGUGCGUCUGUAUGUCUGUCUGUCACACUUUUCUGGAUCAUGUGAUAACUUUUAAAGUUCUUCAUAUGUUUUCAUGAAACUUGAAACAUGGAUAUAUGGCAAUAUGGACAUUAUGCACGUAAUUUAAUUUCGUUCCGAAGUCAAACAUUCUGUUUGCUAUGGAAACACAUAUAUAAACAAAUUCUGACAAUGGUGGGGCCGGUAGGGGACAUAUAUUGCUUGGCAAUAGUCUUGUUUAAAUAUGUUAUUAUUUGGUAAAGACUGUUCCCUCGCGUUUGUAUGUUUUGUAUUUUGUAUGAUCCCAAUUUGGGAUCCGGUAGGAAAGACAAGUCUCGAAGAUCAUGAUCCAUUGUAUUAUUUUUUAUUAAUAAGAUACCUGUUUUUGUUACUCAACAUCACACAACCAACCCUGUAUGUUUUCGUACAGGCAUGUAUACUAAGCUAAAUACAGUUAAGAAUGCAGUUUAAGUUUUUGUACAUGCGUAAAUAGUGAGUCAAGAGUAAACGUAAAAUAACAAUAUUAAACAU